AUGGCUGCAACUGCUCCUGUUGCCAUUGGAACUCGAGGAACCAUUGGUUCGCUCAUAAAGAAGGAAAUCGAUUAUUUUGCCAAGAUUGAGCUUGAAACCUCCAUCAGCUCACAGAGGUCUCAAGGACCUGAAAUGGCUUCUUCUGGCUGUAGAAAUUCACCACCCACCUUCUGGCAAUCUAUAAUGUCAUGGCGAAGGAAGAAGAAGCUAACCAGCAAUCGCUUCAUUACAAAAAUGUGCUCGACUUUUGAUGCUUCGAGAAGCAAUCGCAUGAAUAAGAUUUCUGGGUUGAGUUAUACGAUCCUUCAGAAUGAUUUCCAUAGCUUGCACGUGUAG